AUGAUCAAAAAACCACCCUCACUAACUCCUUCAGUAGAAGAGGGAGAUGAUGUUAGCGAGGAGGAAGGCCAGGUUACCCCUUUGCCAGGAUCAACAGCAGAGCUUGAUAUAGAUAACUGGCCAACGGACGACGAAUACCAAGUUCGCAUGACGGUAAUACCGUCAGUUCAGGUUAGUGACUAAAUUCGCCAGUACAGAGCUUCAGAGAGCAUUAGCACCAGCUUUCGCAGUCGGCGAGCAAAGCGAGCUGCUUCAGAACGCGCGAGCGAGCGACCUCUCGUGACUUCUCGCGACUCCCCAGAAUGGAGAGCUUGCUCGAAGGCUACAGCUUUUGGCACUGUGAUGAUUAAGAUCUGUUUUUUAGGGUACCUACUAUACCAUUGGUUAAUGCUGCAUUUAAAUAACGAUGACCAAUCGGAAAAAAGCUGUUUUUCUCAACUAAAACCUUUCCAAAAUUUUCCCGAAAGUUGGUCUCCAGACAGACUCCUGUAUAAUUUUCUGAAGUUAUAGCUCUUUGCAUAAUAUCUUGCAACAAAGUUGUCCUAAAACGCAUGCUCUUCUCAAACCUGCAACAUGGCUUCUUGAAAACUGAAGCAACAUAUUUUAUUUUAAUUGGAAAUAAUUGAUUAUCUUUUGCUUAUUUUGUAAGGACGAAGAAAGAAGAAAGUCUCGCUACUCAGCAUAUCACGAGCGUCGACCUUAUAUCCCCCAGCCAGACAAUCAUCUUUGCUUGGCCAUUACUGCAAUGAUAUGUUGCUGUUUUCCGCUAGGAAUCGUGGGUUUCAUCUGUGCACUCCAGGUACAUAUAUAUAUAUAUAUAUGCUAAUCAGAUUCCGUUCAACGCAAUUAAUAAAAAACUGCACAUGAUAAAAGAGUCAAGACUAGAUUAAAAAUAAUAAUAAAAAAACACAAGAAACCACUAUUCAAAUGAUUCAUCUUUGACUUUAGAUUUAAGAUAAGGAAAUAGAGAACUGCCACAUGUAUCCUGUCGCAGUUCCAAUCUACGACGCUUUGCCUAAAUGAAAGGUUGUGUGCCUCAGUUAGUGCUCUUACACGUGUUAGGUGAGUUCGGUCUCUAGAACGCGGGUUGUAAUUGUAGUAGUUGCUAUAACAGAAUGAAAAUUAUAAUCAUCACUGAAAACCGUUCAACAGCAUCGCCUGAGACGCAGUGGCAUCUAGCCAAAGAGAAUCAAGAGAAUCGGGAGCGGAGGAUUGCCUCAUGGCGAUCAAGCAUUAUUUUGGCAGCCUUGUUUUGCAGAUUUCCCAUGCGAGUAGAUCGGAAUCAUUGUCACAGUCAGGUUAUUAGUUUUCACUGAAAAUCAAUGUAAGGUUGCUUUGAACAUUAUAGAUCUAGGAACCAAGAAUAAAAUUUUUGUAAGUAAGGCCUUUCAACGUUUAAUGAAAAAUGGUAAAAAGGAGCAAGCAAAAGAGGCAACGUACAAAUUAGCUAUUUAUCCGCUAGCACGAAACUGACUAAUUCGUAGGUUGCGCGCGUAAUGCAUGAUUUUCAAGAGUAAAGCAAAACUGUAUUCCGUGCGGCGAUGACGUUUGUCGUGAGUGUCUUCAAAACAAUUUAUAAAGCAUUUAGAUUCUGUUUAUGUGCUAUCCGAAAUAAUCAGGGUCUCGCGCAGCAAGAGUUAUCAGCCUCGAUCAAUAACAUUUAACCUUACCUUGAUUAUACAGGAUAGCACAAGAAUCUCAUCCAAUAAUUAUUUAUUGCAUGAUUCAAUUUGCAUGUGUAUUCACGGCCUAGUUUCAAAUCAAGAGGCGCUCAUGGGUACGAGUCAGUUUAUUAUGGGAUAAACGAGACCCACAUAGACAGAAAGAGCACAUUGAGGUUCUGAAAAAUCUGAAGUUUGGUGUUGAUCGGGCCAAUAUUGAACAAAUUAAAAUACAACUAUUCAUAAACUUCAAAAUUUUCUAAGAGAUGUAUGGCUUGCCGGACACGUCGUCCGGACGUCCGAAUAUUUCUUAUAAAAAGUUUUGGAGUUUUUGAAUGGCUGUAUCUCGUUCAAUAUAGGCCCGAUAAACACCAAACUUAAGAAUGUUGUUAAUUUCAAUGUGCUCUUUCUGACUAUAUGAGUCGAUCGAUCUCGUGUUGUUUAUUCCAUAAAAAAAAAACGGACACGUACCCAGCCCCUCUCGAUUUGAAACUAGGCAAUGUACAGUAACUUGGGGAAAAUAAAAUUUGCCUCAAAGAAAGUUUUACUGAACGCAAUCGACCAGUACUUAUUCCCACUCAACUGGGUUGUUAUUGGUAUUUUUACAUUUUAACUCCUCUUCUCUUUAAGGGACCUGAACCACUUUUUAUGAUAUCUUGUAGGUGGAUAAAGUAUACGAUGAUGGGAACAGAGAGGGUGCCGUGUGGCGGUCCAAACAUGCCAAGUACUGGAGCCUAACAGCAGUUGUCUUUGGAAUGCUUGGAAUCAUCGGAGUCUCUUUCUAUUUAAUAUUUUUUCACCUCGUUCCUGCAGUAUCGUGAUGAUUGUAGAUUGAAUAUGUGCUUUCUGAAGCAGAAAUAGAAAAAAGGGACCUCUAUGAGAACAUGUGUCUUCAGUGGUGUGCCAGUCGAGGGCCUGUUCUCUAUACAUUACGUCACCAAAAAGUUUGGAGAAUGUCUCAGCAAGCAAG